AUGCCUGACGACAAAAUCAGCACUCAGGCCAUCGAGACUGCCCACGACAAUGUCUCUAACAAAGCCAAGCAUCACCCAAACCUCCACACCCUUGGCCGCAUCCGCCUUCGCCAUGAGCACACUAAUGAAAUAAUCCUGACGCCGGCUCCAUCUGCCGACCCCAACGAUCCCCUUCGGUGGUCUACCGCCUACAAGAUUUACAUCUCCGUUCUCGUCUCGCUUGCCAUGGUCAUGUGCAAUUUCAUGGCCGCCGGUCCGACCGUCGCCAUGCUCGCCAUUGCCUCGGACUACAAGCACGGCGGCUCUACUGUCAGCUCUUGGGUCUCCAGUGCAUCGUACUUUUUCAACAACAGCUCCCUCCUACAGGGCGUUUCCUGUCUCUUCUGGGUCCCCCUGCUGAACAAGUACGGCCGUCGACCGGUCUAUAUCGCCUCGCUCAUCCUCUAUCUUUCCAUGACCAUCGGAUCCGGCUUUGCCAAGACCUAUGCUGGCGAGCUGACCACACGAACCAUCUUGGGCAUAGGCGCCGGUGCCGGCGAGUGUCUUGGCCCAGUGACCAUUACCGACGUGUUCUACCUGCACCAACGUGGCUAUGGAAUGGCAAUCUACAAUGCUGCCCUUUCGGCUGGUGUUGCCUUUGGCAUCAUCAUCUCUGGCCUCAUCACUACUCGUGCCCCGCCCCACCCAGGGCGGGGCACGAGUAUUGCCAAUCCCUGGCGCACCAUCUACUGGGUCGGUGCUGCCCUUGUCGGCUUCCUUCUCCUCGUCGUCUUCUUCUUCUUCCCCGAGACCGCCUUUGUGCGCACUGCCGACGGUGUCGAUGACGAUGAUGGCGACAGUCGCUCUAGCCACCAUUACCGCAAGCUCUCGUACGGCCAGCAGCUGCGCCCGUGGACUGGAAAGACGUAUACUGAAGAGUCCUUCUGGCGUAUGUUUAUCCGUCCCUUUGGCCUUAUCCUGCUGCCGCCUGUCUUCUGGGCCACCAUAGUGAUGUCUGUCACCAUCGGCUUCCUUGUUGCUGUCGUGUCCAAUUUUGCCAGCGCCUUCAGCGCUACCUACGACUUUGAGACCUGGCAGUCCGGCCUCUGCUUCGUCUCCGCCAUCGUUGGCUGCGUCUUUGGCACCUUUGCAGGUGGUCCGUUUUCCGACUGGGUCGCCGACUACUUUACGCGUCGCAAUGGCGGCAUUCGUGAGCCCGAGAUGCGUCUGCCAGCUAUCAUCCCCAGCGUCAUAGCUGCCCCCAUGGCCCUCGCCCUCUAUGGCGUCGGCAUCGGCAACUCUCUUCACUGGAUGGUGCCCACAUUCGCUCUUGGCUUACUCUCCUUUGCGAUUUCCCAGGGUACCAAUGUGUCCUUUGUUUACUGCAUAGACUCGUACCGACCGGUGGCAGCCGAGGUCACCGUGGCUCAGCUAGCCUUCAAGUCCUGCUUUGGCUUCCUCCUAUCCUUCUACACAAACCCAUGGGUAGACAAGUCCGGCUAUAAGCAGGCCUAUGGCGCGAUGGCCGGCAUUUCCGGUGGCUGUCUGCUCUUCUUCAUACCCCUCUUUUUCUGGGGGAAGCAGAUCCGUCUGGCCUCUAUGCAGUGGCGUAUUGUCCGCUUUGUCUUCUGGAAGACCGACCGGGAGGUGGGCGAGUAG